UUCAUGUGCUCGCUAACUUGACUCUGUUUACGGGGCGCCCACCAGUGUGUAGUGCUGCAGAUUAGCUACUAUGAUGUAAACUUUCUCUCUGAAUCUAUGAUACUCAGACAUCAGUUAUUCUGGCUAAAAAGUUGUGAGCGGUCGCCUUGAGCAUGGCGGACCGUGAGGAGCGACGCUUCGCCGAGGUGUCCCGAGAGUCUGUCAAACUCAUGGCCGAGAGCGCAGGCGUGGAGCUCGGGGACGAUGUGGCCGCUCUGCUGUCUGAGGACGUCUGUUACCGGCUCAGGGAGGCAACACAGAGCAGCUCUCAGUUUAUGAGACACGCCAAGCGGAGGAAGCUGACGGUGGAGGACUUCAACCGAGCUCUUCGCUGGAGCAACGUGGAGGCCAUAUGUGGCUACGGGGCCCAGGAUGCUCUUCCCUUCCGUUCAGCUAAAGAAGGAGAGCUUUUCUUCAUCGAGGAUCGGGACAUUAACCUGGUGGAGCUGGCUCUGGCCACCAACAUCCCCAAAGGCUGCGCUGAGACCAUGGUGCGAGUAAAUGUGUCUUACCUGGAUGGGAAAGGCAACCUGGAGCCUCAGGGGACAGUCCCCACAGCGGUGCAGUCUCUGUCUGAGGACCUGUUGAAGUACUACCAGCAGAUCACACGGGCCAUCCUGGGAGAGGACCCCCACCUCAUGAAGGUGGCUCUGCUGGACCUGCAGUCCAACUCCAAGAUCGCUGCCCUCCUGCCGUACUUUGUUUACGUCAUCAGUGGGGUAAAGUCAGUGAGCCAUGACCUGGAGCAGCUCAACAGGCUCCUGCACAUGGUGAAGAGCCUGGUCCAGAACCCCUACCUGUACCUGGGCUCGUACGUGCGCAGCCUGGUCUCCAGCGUCAUGUACUGCAUCCUGGAGCCGCUGGCCGCCUCCAUCAACCCGCUCAACGACCACUGGACCCUCAGGGACUACGCAGCGCUGCUCCUCAGCCACAUCUUCUGGACUCACGGGGAUCUGGUGAGUGGUCUCUACCAUCAGAUUCUGCUGUCUCUUCAGAAGGUUCUGUCUGACCCAGUGAGACCACUCUGCUCCCACUACGGGGCUGUGGUGGGCCUUCAUGCUCUGGGAUGGAAGGCUGUAGAGAGAGUGCUCUUCCCACACCUCUCUGCCUACUGGGCCAACCUGCAGGCUGUGUUGGACGACUACUCUGUUUCCAACGCGCAGGUCAAAGCAGAUGGACAUAAGGUGUAUGGAGCCAUCCUGGUGGCAGUGGAGCGUCUGCUGAAGAUGAAGGCUCUGUCUCUGUCUCAGCCAGCAGAGGGAGGCUCUGCUGCUCCGCCAGGCUCUGUGGUGGGUGCUAUGGGCUACAGGGUGAGCUCCCCGGGCCUCAGCCCCCCUCCAGAGCCUCUGUCAGAGGCCGCCCUGGGGAUCGCCAGCCACCUCCAGGCAGGCGGGGCCGGCUGUCCCUGGGAGGAGUGGACCCCGGUCCCUCUCCCCGCUAUGUACUGUGAGCUCUACUCCUUCUUCGGAGACAGCCUGGCUGUCAGGUUCAGUACGGGUCCCGGGUUCGGCAGCUACCCCCCCUGUACCCCGGCCCAGCUCGGAGACGCCAGGAAGGAGCCACCCGGCCCCGCCUCCAACCCCGACACCACCCGCAAGAUGCCUCAGCUGACCGCCAACCUCAACAUCAGCCCCAGGCAGGACGGGAGUCCUCGCACCGACCCGCCCCCGCCCAGCCUGGCAGCUACCGGGUCAGGAAGGUCCCUGGCUCGCUCCUCCUCCUCCUCCUCUUCCUCCUCUGUGCAGCGCUCCAGGUCUUCCUCCUCACGUUGUGGCCAGCGUUCAGCCGGUCUGUCCCGUGACGUUUUCCCCAAAGCUCGCUUCACCUCCCCUCAGACGGGACUCCCGGUGUUCACCUUCCUCAUCGGCGGACGGCAGAUGGGCCGCCGUUGCCAAGGCCGCCGGCCCUUUCAGACCACGUUCGCCCCGACGCCACCGCUGCCCGCCAUCCCCCCACGUGCCUACGCCCACAAACUGCCCGUCAUCGGCAGGGUCGGCAAACCUGUACGCCGCUGGGCCUGCUCCCAUUACUCCCUCCACCUGCCGCUCUAGAGGACCGGAGCUCCAGACAGCACCUCUACAAAGACAUGAACUGUUGUGAUCAACAUGGUCUCACAGAAAUCCGUGGAAUAGCCACGGAUUUCGCUUAACUCAAAAUCCGUGGAAUAGCCACGGAAUCGCUCAAAUAUCUGUGAAACUGACACGGAUUUCGCUACAAUGCAAGUUAAUGACAGUCAUAUCCCGUGGCUAUUGGUUUGUUCCAAGUCACGUGACUUUCAAGGUCCCGGCGGUCAGAACAAAAAACAUGGCGGACAGUUCUCUCAUUUUAGUGAAAAAUCAAUAUUUUGACUUAGUUUCCGCAUAAAAAUGGAUUUUGAUCACAUUUCUAGCGAGAAAUAUAUGUUUUAUUUUCUAAAUCUUCACUCAGUGAAUGUACAUAAUCACUUUGUAUGUUGGAAUAGCCACGGGAUAUGACUGUCAUUAACUUUCAUUGUAGCGAAAUCCGUGUCAGUUUCACGGAAAUUUGAGCGAUUCUGUGGCUAUUCCACGGAUUUUGAGUUAAGCGAAAUCCGUGGCUAUUUCACGGAUUUCUGUGAGACCAGGUUGGUUGUGAUGGUGUUUUUUUAAGGCUGAAGAUCAAAAGGGUUCAGUUUCAUUAUUAAGAUGGAAAACUUCAGUUUUGACAUAUUUGGGUUUUGGGCUGUGAUGUUUAAAAAAAAACCAAAUAAAUUAAUUAAAAGUGUGUUUCCCCACCUUGACA